AGGACGCAGCAGGCUUCAAACUAAUUAACUCUAAUUAACAGAAGUCACGUGACCCCUUCUUCGAGUCAAAAGAUCAGCACGUGAUAUAUUUCUGAUUGCAAAACCGUAUAAACCAAAACCCCUAAAAUCGCAAGGAAAUGAUUAAUCAUUGUGAGACCCGGGUGUUGGUUGCUUUAGUGGUCGCCCUGGCUCAGCACUGCUGCUGUUCCUCAAACGUGCAGGUGAAGAAAACACCUGGACAGCUCGCCAUGCCCAACGUCACCUGCUCUGAUCGAAGGAUUCGAGCUGCUUUUGGUCCACUGGUCAAAAGUAACAUACAUGUUAAAGACGUGACAGGGGCCGCGAUCCCAGUGCUUCAAUCUGAUGGGUCCUGUGGAGUGAAACUGGGCAGAGAGAAAAACCUGAACCUCUCCUUCUACAGCAGAUAUGACAGCUGCUAUGCACAGAUUAAGGGCAGCAAAGUGGUCAUCCCUCUGCAGGUACAGCUGACAGGAGAGGAUCGAUGGCUGAGGGUAAAUAUCAGCUGUCCUCUGAUAAAGAGACGCAGUGAGAGGACUCGACCUCUCCCAACACCGUUACCUGGAAAUUGUGACACAGAAAGAGCGCUACAAGUGGACUGUGGCCACCCAGGUAUUUCUAAUGAAGCCUGCUCCAAACUGGGAUGCUGCUAUGAUGCUCACGUAUUAACCUGCUACUACAGACUCAAUGCCUGCUCUCUGGAUGGACACUUUGUGUUCUCGGUAAAGUCCACUGACACAGGCCGACCCAUCGAUCCCAGCAGCAUCAUAGUCAAGGGUCCGCCACAGUGUUCCCCUGCGGUCACCACCCCGGACACGGCUAUCUUCAAGAUCGGAAUCAUGGACUGUGGUGCAACGGUGAAGGUGGAUGGAGACAUGAAGAUCUAUGAGGUGGAAGUGGAGGAGCUGCAUACGAAAAGUAUAACCAAACGUUCUCCAUUUAGUCUCCAGGUCCAGUGUGAAUAUGACGCGUCACAUUUAAAGCGUGCAGCAGGCUUGCGGUCCUUGUUUCCAGUGACCAACCCGCCACCUGUGAUUGGACUGGGAACCAUCAGGGUGCAGAUGAGAGUAGCCAAAGACGCAUCCUUCACGUCCUUCUUUCCUGAGGAACAGCUUCCACUAACCUUGCCGCUGCGUAAGGCCGCAUACGUGGAGAUCUCACUCGCCCAGCCGUCCCCGGACCCAACGCUUUCCCUGCGUGUGCGGGACUGCUUUGCCUACCCUGCGUCUAGACACUCUGUUUGGACACUUCUCUACGACGGAUGCCCCAACCCGUUGGACAACAUGAGAAGCUCUGUCCCAAUGAGCGACCAGGGGAAAACCGCCUCACACUCCCAAUCCAGGAGGUUUGAUGUCAAGACCUUUGCCUUCUUGGACCCUCAUACAGGCCAUCCGAGUUUGGAGGAAAUGUACUUCUACUGUUGGGUGGAAAUCUGCACCGACGACAUUGACUGUGCCCAGCGAUGCGCCAUCGUUUCAUCUGAGGGCGAGAGACAGAGAAGAGAGGCGACGUCUCAGUCCGACCAGGUCCAGCUGGUCUCUCUGGGGCCGCUGCUGCUGGGACAGAACAGCACUGAGCCGGAGGACGAUCAAUGCGUGAAACGGAUGACAAUGUUUCAGGUGACGGUGUAUAUUCUCUCUGGUGUUGGUGCUGCCCUGGUAUUGAUUCUGACGGUCACUCUGUGGUCGAGCAUUAGGAAGCGGCAGAAGCCAGAAGGACCGCAAGUUUGUGAAGAACAAGUUGAAAAACAAUCUCAAUAAAACCUUUCAUUGACUG